AGCCACAGUGUUGGAGAGACGGUUCUUAGCCUAGGCACGACAUUAAAAUAAUCGAUUUUUUUUUUCUUGUGUGUAUAUGGGGUCAGCGAGUCGGUAACUUGUGUACACUCGUUCAUUAUUAUUUUGGUACAAAGAAGUUGAUUUUCUUUUAUUCAUUUCUGAGUAAGAGAUGUCCUUUGGAGCCCAUUAGUACAACCAUUCAAGUGUGUGGUACGUUCUGUGCGUGUGUGAAUUACACUCCAAAAUAUUGUUAACAAAAAAGAAGAAUAGAGGAGGAAUUGGAAAAAUAGUCAUUCAGUUACCCGUGAAAUUUUAUUUUUGAAAAUACAAAUAACGGACAAAUCAUUGGAGAUCAGAGUCGUGUGACCUCUGGGUUCUUUUUGUUAAAUUUCUCCCGGAAAUAAAAAUACAAACAAAGCAACCCACGCGGCGGCCAUCUUGUGUUGCUUCCAGCUGGGGUACUUGCACGCGAGUUCAUUAUCUGUUUGAAAACAUUGUGAGUUGGAUAGUAUCAACGGACAAGGAGUACGAACAUUUUGGAAAAAAGUGAGAAAUUGAUCAAUCGGAUGUUGCAAUUUUCACAAAGUAUUCGGACACUAGGCGUUUGGAUAUCUCAUUGGAAUCCUAAAAUUGGGACACGGUAGCAUCGUUAACGAUCAAAUCUCUCUUUUUUAUUCACCUCUUUAUCCAUAUUUUAUAUACAAAGAAGUUAUAAAAUCUUCCCCCCACUCAUUGGAAUGUGUACACUUGGAACUUUUAUCAAUUCUGUGUGGUGUUUAUUCGUGUGACGAGUACCUGGCAAUAUAUUGCGCAGUUAGCCAAAACGACAUACAUUGGAAACCGGAAGUUGGAGUAAUACGAGGAUACGCUGUUAUUUUUAUUUUUUGAGAUUUGUUUUCUUUCAUUGUCGAAUGAGAGUUUAUCAACGUCUUGAGAGGCAUCCACGCUUGGACUCUGAAGAAGCUGAUUAACAGAACUGAACGAUAAGAAAUAAAAAAGAAAAAAAAUAUAUCAAAUCAUGACGAAUUCAGCGCCGAAGAUGAGCAACAGCGUUGCGAGGCAGGGCUCACCAAACACUGGUGGCAAACGUAAUGGUGGGGGAACAAUAAAAUCAUCGAGUUAUUUCAACAGUAGCAGUAAACAGGUAAAGAAUGCACAUAACGGUCGGCAAAGUUGUAGUCCACAAAUUUCACCAAAAUAUUGUGGUAACUCGCCAAUGAGACACGAGAGUCCACGUCAUGGUAGUCCAACGAAUACGUAUUUUGCUGGUGCUAAAUGGUCCGAGCCACCCUCCCCAGCUAGCCUACCAAAACCACCAAGUCACUGGACAACGAGACUCAUGACCAGUUGUCAAGCUGAGGCAUGUCACAACAUCUCAAAUCAUCUAAAGAUCAUCCUCAAUACCCAGGCUUGAUAUUCAAGCAUUAAUACCGCUUGAAGAUACAUUUUUUUUCAUCGAGAAAAUACGAACGAACAAAUAAUGAUUUUGGUGGCCAGGUAUUGGGAUUUAUUAAUUAGCACCACGAGCCUUCCAUUAAUUGGACUGGGGGCAUUCUAUUGUCCAAACUUGUGACUUUCAUCAGCAAAUUAUAUAUAUAUGUAUAUAUAUAUAUAUAAUACAAUAACAAUCUAUAUAUAUAUAUAUAACUAUAACAAUAUAUGUGUAUAUUUUCUUCUUGUUCGUGGAAGGAGAAUUGAAAAUGCGGUAUUACGAGAUACGAAUUAUGAACGUUAGAAAUCUCUCUAAUGUUUCUCUUGUGCGCGAGAACAUUGAUAAAGUGCGGGGAACAUUGAAUAAACUUUGUGAAUAAUAUGUUUGGAGUAGAGUUCAUGAUGAAAUGCUGGAUUUAUAUGAUGAUUUCAACUGGUGUUGAAGAAGCCUGGCGUUUAAAUCAAGAUUCGAUAUGUCGAACAUUUAUCGAUUAAUAUUAUGUCAUGUACAAAGUUGUAAACAUAUGUAUUUAGAAUAUUCUUAUUAUUCAUUAACUGUAAAAUGGAGCACUCAUACACGAUGGUACGCAGGUAUUCUAUUGAUAUAUAGAUUCAUCUUUCAUCGAUGCAUAUUCAGAGAUUUGGAAAUCGAAAUUUUGAAAUUAUUGUCAUGUUUUUCAUAUUCUCAUAUAUAUAUUUUUUUUCACUCUGAUUAAUAUUUUGACGGUUCCAUAUGAUAGAAAAUAUUUUAAUUACUCAGCAGAACGCUCCAUUUCGAUAAAACAAUACCAGUAAAAUUUUUGUUUAAUUAUAAUUAUUUUGUUUUAUAAGUUUACUUUUACUCAGUGGAUUAUUCGUGAUGUUAGAAAUUACUUUUUCGGAUAUAAAAGUUAUUUGGAGUUAGAGAACAACGUGAAGAGUACCCUGUGACGUAGAUUAGAGAUUUGAGGAGGGAAAUGACAUGAGUUAAAACUCAGUACCAGACUAUUAGUAUUCGAUAAAACGCUUUUUUCAUUUACAAUUGACCGAAUUUCAGGGAACAGAAUAGCCAACGGAUAUCAUUAUGAAUAUGCAAAUAAUUUCCGAAUACUUGAGUUGAAAUUUGAAAAUUCAUUCAACGAAAUUAGCAAAACUAUUUGUCAGGGAAUGCUUGACUAGAUGAUGCCCAACAAAUUAAAGUUUAUAUUAUUUUUUUUCCUAAAUAUUAAGUCAGGUUAAGGACGGUUAUGCCAACGUGCAAGGAAAGUCCUUCCUUUCAUUUGUUACACGUAUUAUUUACCUCCGUUUAGAUCGUUCAUAAAUAUAUUCCUAAUUAAUACCAUAACAAUAUCUUCAACCAAUCAGAAUUCCGAAUUAAUUCAACAUCAAUUGAUCAAUCAAUAAUUUUUGCAGUUCUUUUUUUCGAGCUUUUUGUUUCAUUCAAUUCCCAAAUUCCGUAUUUUUCGCUCAUUGUAUCAUAGUAAAUUGAAUUCAUUCAAAACGGAUGAUAAACUUCUAAUCAAGUAAAUAAUUAUUUCUCGAUAUAAUUCGGUUCGAAUACUUCAGUUCAAUAUUGAUACAAAAAUCGGUUGCAGAAGUGAGAUCAAUGUUUUGAUUAACAUUCAUUGAAUAAAAUUUUUGUUGAGGAAAAUAGAUAAUUACAGACUUCUGGAGCAUUGAACCGAAUAGUUGCAAUGUAAAAAGUGAAGAAUCUUUAGUCCACGAAAGACUGAUUUCGCUAAGACGUUUGUGUAGUUGUUGCCGCGUAUUAUUAGCAACAAAAUAAUUAUCAUGACGAAUUUAUAAUCGCCGCGGGCUCGGCGGCGUACGGCAAAAAGCAGAUAAAGUUGAACAUAAUCGGUGAUUCAACAAUAAAAAGUCAUUAAUUUGGAAAAGUCCAUGUGUUGCCACAGUACGUGUGACAUUCUUUCGUUGUAAUUUUCCUUCUAUUCCCCCGGUUGAGCCAAAAUUUACACCAGUGAAGGAUGGAACGGAGGAAAUAGCAAGUUAAUGAAAGAAAUCAAUACACAUGCACGAAAGAUUACAAAGUACUUGUGUAAAUAAUUCGACAUAAAUCAUAAUAUUAAUUCCUAAUGAAUAUUUUGUAUAUAAAUUUAUACAAUGUGUAAAUUAUGGGGAAGAAAUAAUUGUGACUGUCUUGAGUGCUCACGAAAGUAAAAAAAAAAUUUAAUCCGGAAUAUUAGAAGAUAGUUGGAUAAAUAUCAAAUGAAUGAAACGUAAUCGUGUGCACAAACGAGCAAAACGUCUUUGCAAUAAUGGGAUUGGAGUCUAGAAAGUACGAAAAAUAUGGUUAAUAAAUAUCCGAGUGGAUCACUUGGAUCAAUGCAAUUUUUUUUUUCUGAGGGAUAAUAAGAAAAUUCAAUUAGCUGUGAUGAAAUGAUUAUAGGUACUACUAAUUUUAAUUGAUUGCCAAUUGGAUAUUACUAUACGUACUGUCCCUUCGCCAACUGAAUAUUACUUGUGUAUAUGAUUAUUUUACGAAAACAAAAAGAAAAUUAAACGAAUGGCGUAGGAAAAGUUAAAAAUCAUAAGUCGAGUAAUUAGGUGUAUUCUAUAGGACGAUUAUAAUUUUAAUGCCAAGGCAGAAAUUGACUAUUUGAUAAACAACGGAGAAAUUUCGAAUGAAUUCAAAUUUAAUUUUUAUUUGGAGAUGACUUUUUUGUCGUAACUGUCCGUAACGUUUGAUUAUUUUUCACAAGUGGGGGAGGAAUGUGAUUUAUUUAUUUCUUCAGAUUUCUGUUGUUUUGAUAUGAGUCAUGUCUCUUCUGACAUUUGCGAAGAAAAUUCCAACAUUAUCGUGUAGUUAUGAGAAAAAAUAGUGCACUAUCGGAAGGAAAAUAGUUCUCCCCUAGUGUACAAUAUUCUAUUUCUUCAUUCUUGAAACUUGUGGUUUUAUACUUGUCCAAAUCAGAUUUUUUAAACAUUGGCAAUAGAAAGAAUCAAAAAGAAUAAAAAUUUAUUAAAAUACCGCGCCAUAACUAGAUAUUCUCCUGUAUUUUUAAGAUUUGAGGUGUAUUACAUAUUCUUCACUAGAAUAUUCAAUCAUUCGUUCAUUCGGAUUCUAUUUAGUGAUGGGACGUUAAAAUGUGAUAUUGUAACGUACAAUUUCUCUCUUUUAUGAGCGUUGACAUAGCGUGUUGUUUUCGUUCUAUUAUUACUUUUUUUUUCUGCCAAAGUUGAGCUAUUUCUUGGACGAUACAAAUAGUGCUAGGUGUUCGGAGAUGAAUAGCAUAUGGAAAAUAAAAUGUAUCAAACCAAAAUCAUGUCAUUUCUCUGCUUUUCGAGUAGACGAAACAGAGAUCAGUCGAACGACAUAGGGUUCUCUUCCUGUUAUUAAUUUUAAACAAAGAAGAAAAAUUAUUGUCACUUACUUAAAGUAAAAUUAUUAUUGCAAUAAGUACGAUUGAUUACCAAAACUCAUUCAAUCUCGUCACUAUUGAAAUGAAGCUCGUGUAUGGGUAGAAAAUUUGCGUCGCGGUUAUGAAAAAAAUAUGUAACAAUUAAUCGGAGUAUUCCGACGGACAGAUAUGAUAAGAGAAACAUCUAAGGGUGCACUUUGAAUGGUCUAACAAUAGCAAUUAUCGAGAAUACAAAUUGAACAGAGGAAUGAAAAGUUAAAGAGGGAUAAGUCACAGUCAAUGACAAUACAAAGUGAUCUCGAUAGACGUUUGGACAAUGCCCACUCUUGUAGUCACAUCACAGAAAAAAAAAAGGUACAAGUAAAAAUCUUGAAUCGUUUAGUCAUAAACAAGCUCACUGAAUCGUACACAGAAACAAAAAGAACAACGCGAUGCGGUAGAUGAUUCGUCAUUCGAAUAAGCCUUAAAGAUAGAAAUUAAGGUACAGAUGCGAGAAGAGAGGGAAGACUUGCAUUAUGGAAAAAAUUUCAAUUAUCAGGCCAACUCGAUGGUGCAGAGAGUAAAUUUUAUUAUUCUUUAAUUAGCUGUUUUGUUAUUCAUUGACAUUCUCAACAGAAAUCAAUAUUUUCGACAGUAUUUUAAUUGAAUUGAAGAAAAACUCGAGUGAUUAUGCGUUGGAAAUUCAAAAUUAAUGACUAAAUAUUUGGAAUUUGUAGCACAUUGAUAUGAUUUUAAGUAUAAAUCCGAUUAAUUUGUGCGAAGUGAGUUCAAAAGUAUUAAACAUAGAUUGAAUAAACAAUUAUGAGUGAUUAAAAAGAGCUUCCCUCUCGAAGAUCGGUGCGUUUUCCUGGUCCUUCAAGCAAGUGAAAUGAAAAAAAAAAAACAAUAAAUGAUACAAAUGGGAUAGAAUUAUCCGAUAAAUGCCGAAUUGUAACAAUAAAAUGAUCAAUUUAAUUGAAUGAUCUUGUGAGAGACGCACGGUUCUUCGUGGCCCUUGGAAACGCACGUGUAACCACAAAAAUGCAAAAGGUGAAAAAUCUCAUUAUCUCAUUAAACUGAAACCAUCGUUGUGCUGUUGCACGUGCGCAUCCAAUGAUUCAAGAUGAAAAUAAACAAAACAAAGAAAAAAAAAACAAAGUUUGCGAUUUAUAAAUAGUCUAUGCCUUCAAUUUUGUUAUUCUUUAAGAGGAGGAAAUCCAAGAAUAUUGAAUUAUCAUAGAGACACUUUAUCUAUCACUGCUUCAACCAAAGUACAUUGUCACGUGUCUCUCUGCUAAUUGAAUUUUCAAAAUCUAUUCGAAGUCCGAGAUUGGAUACGUUUUAAUUUUUAAGUUGUGUGCUCAAUGCACGAAGAGAUGAAAUACAUCGUUGAAUUCAAAAUGAUUAAACAAUGAAGAUACACUCUGAGUGAGUAAAUGAUAAAUAUGCAUUAGUAACGUAAUGAUGAUAAUGAGGAGAAAAAUGGAAAAGUUUUUAGACUUAUAUCCUAAACCGAAAAUUCGUCAAUCAACUCGGUUAGAUCGAGUUCACUGUGAUUUUAAAUUCUAAUUGCGUGACAUUCCUUGAACGCGUUUAACAGUAAUAAAUGAAAGCAACGACGUUUGUAUACAAGGAAAGUUAUAAAAUAAAUGUAAAAUUUUACUAGAUUUUAUUGACGAGUUUUCUAUAGGAGGUAAAACUACAUUUUUCAAUUGUAAAAUCGAUCAAUAUUCAUUUCAACUAUUAUUAUUUUUUUCAAUAGAAAAUACUCAUCGAGGAAAUGUUCUGCUAGGAGGUGGGCUAGAAGAUGCAUCAAAAUUUAUUGUAAUAAAACAAUUAUCAAAUGAAUUACUUAUCAAUACGUCAACUAGGUCACGUCGUUGCAGAAUAACGCGUUCGUCGAUAAUUUUCACAUGUCUAAUUUACCAUUUUUUUAAAAUUGAUGUUUUGAAAAAUGAAGGGGGAAGGGUAGUGUUUAAGUGACCAAAUCAAGAAAUGAACAUUUAUAACGAUAAUAGAAAUAAUCUUGGUCGAGAAAUAAGAUAUGUUAAAGGUGCGUGAAAUGUGUGAUAAAUAGAGAACCGUGAGAACGAGAUCAAGAGUCUCUUCAUCAAUAAGUCCUUCAGACGAAGAGGAUUGAGGAUAAUGGAGGAGAAUGAGGUAUUGCAUGAUUAGUUGAACAUCAGAUCAGGAUCUGUAUGCAAUAUCAUACCAAAAACAACACAGGAUGUCCACGUAGAUGACUAUUUAAAAAUACAUUCGUGAGAAGAGAAGAGAAGAGAAGAAUUGAAGCUCGGGGAGUCAAGGGGUGGAACCAUCGACGAUAAUGAGAUAUGGAUUGGAGCAGGUGAAUCGUAGAGCAGCUAAUAUAUAUGAAAUGCUUUCUGCGACACCUCAGAAUACGAUUGAACAAAGAACCGAAGCUGCGAAUUAAAGAAAAAAAAACUGCUACAUUGCAUAAAAAAAAUAUAAUAAAAAAUAUUAAUACGCAGUUUGAAAAGCAAACAAAUGAUGUAUAUCAAGGAUAAUUUGCGGAGGAUGAUGAGAAAGUUUUUUGGAGAUUUGUUAUGGAUUUAUUGCAAUGGCUGAGACAUCUUGAGCCUCAUGAUCAGAUUUAAGGAUGAAUAAACAGUGAAUACUCUUCCCGAGAAACAGCUGAUUCCAAAUAGCUGUUUAUGAUCUUUCGGCUGGAAUGGAAUUUUUCAUCAACCGUCCUUUAUCGUCAUAAGCAGAUGAUCGUAUGAUCGCUAUUUUAAUUCAUACUAAAAAAAUUAAUACAAUUCGAGCAAAAUACUAUUCAAAUAUAUGAAUCUUCUUUUCUUUUGGUCUUUUGGAAACAAUAGCAGGUGAGAGUGUCUACAUCAUAUGAUAAAAUCAAAGAAUUCUAAUAAAUUCAAUUGACUGCAGUAAUUAUUAUUAUUGGCUGACUGCAAUAAUCGAAAGGCUCGAAUUUCUUCUAAUCAAAUUUCAAACUCCUUCAUGUGAUGGGGAGAUUAAUUUCAUUAAAAAUCAUAGCACUCUCAUCUUAGUUUAAUUGGCAAACUGUUUUUAGGGCCCUUUUCAGGGCCCGCAAAUAUAUUCAGAUGUGGUAUACUCAAAUUUCGCUGGGAAAAAUAAUCUGCCCUUUUUAGGGCAAAAAUAAAAACGUAAUUCGAACAAACGUUCUUUUGAGAGCGCAACGGAAAUUGUCCUUGUCAGGACGAUCGUUCGUCAACGGCAGCUUAUGAUGGUUGGGGGAAGCCAGACCUUUGGAGGUGAAAUCCAUCCAUGGAACGCACUCAAUGGCAGUCUAAACUGGAUGAUAGUCGGUGGAUUGAUGCCAUCAUUGAAGCAGAAUCAAGAGAUAAGUUCAUUUUUCUUUUUCUUUUUUUUGGAAAAUCUUCACUCUGAGUCUGAUGACACUUCAACUCUCAAAGUUCUGAUUUUUUCAGAUUGAGGAGCACAUAUGCUGUACCAUUUUGAAGCUUAUGAAGUUGAUGAAUAUUAACAAUUAAAAAUUGAUAAA